AUGCUGGCACCCAUGGCAUGCUGGCUCCCCGGGCAUGCUGGCACCCUGGGCAAGCUGGGACACCUGGCAUGCUGGCACCCCUGGCAUGCUGGCACCGUGGGCAGGCUGGCACCGUGGGCAGGCUGGCACCCAUGGCAUGCUGGCUCCCCGGGCAUGCUCGCACCCUGGGCAAGCUGGCACCCCUGGCAUGCUGGCAGCCCUGGCAUGCUGGCACCCUGGGCAAGCUGGGACCCCUGGAUCCCUGGCAUGCUGGCACCCUGGGCAAGCUGGGACCCCUGGAACCCCUGGCAUGCUGGCACCCCUGGAACCCCUGGCAUUCUGUCACCCCCUGGCAUGCUGGGACACCUGGCAUGCUGGCACCCCUGGGCAAGCUGGGACCUCAGGCAUGCUGGCACCCUGGCAUGCUGUGACCACUGGGCAAGCUGGGACCCCUGGCAUGCUGGCACCCCUGGAACCCCUGGCAUGCUGGCACCCUGGGCAAGCUGGGACCACUGGGCAUGCUGGCACCCCUGGCAUGCUGGCAGCCCUGGCAUGCUGGCACCCCUGGGCAUGCUGGGACCUCCAUGGGCAUCACUGGCAUGCUGGCACCCUGGCAUGCUGGCACCGUGGGCAAGCUGGGACCCCUGGCAUGCUGGGACCCUGGGCAAGCUGGCACCCCUGGCAUGCUGGGACCCUGGCAUGCUGGCACCCUGGGCAAGCUGUCUCCCCUGGCAUGCUGGCACCCCUGGAACUCCUGGCAUGCUGGCACCCUGGCAUGCUGGGACCCUGGCAGGCUGGCACCCUGGCAUGCUGGCACCCCAUGGGCACCCCUGGCAUGGUGGGACCUCAGGCAUGCUGGCACCCUGGCACCCCUGGCAUGCUGGCACCCCUGGCAUGCUGGCACCCUGGGCAAGCUGGCACCCAUGGCAUGCUGGCACCCCUGGAACCCCUGGCAUGCUGGCACCCUGGGCAAGCUGGGACCCCUGGAACCCCUGGCAUGCUGGCACCCCUGGCAUGCUGGCACCCCUGGGCAUGCUGGGAUCUCAGGCAUGCUGGCACCCAUGGCCCUGGCACCCCAUGGUCACCCCUGUCAAGCUGGGACCCUGGGCAAGAUGGCACCCAUGGCAUGCUGGCACCCUGGCAUGCUGGCACCCCUGGCAUGCUGGCACCCUGGGCAAGCUGGGACCCCUGGAUCCCUGGCAUGCUGGCACCCUGGGCAAGCUGGGACCCCAGGCUGGCACCCCUGGCAUGCUGGCUCCCCUGGCAUGCUGGCACCCUGGGCAAGCUGGGACCCAGGGCAUGAUGGCACCCCUGGAACCCCUGGCAUGCUGGCACCCUGGGCAAGCUGGGACCCUGGACCCUGGCAGGAUGGCACCCCGGGCAUGCUGGCAGCCGAGGCAUGCUGGCAUCCUGGGCAUUCUGGGACCUCUGGCAUGCUGGCACCCAUGGGCAGGCUGGGACCCAUGGCAUGCUGGGACCCCCCCCCACAUGCUGGCACCCUGGGCAAGCUGGGACCACUGGCAUUCUGGCACCCCUGGCAUGCUGGCACCCUGGGCAAGCUGGGACCUCUGGCAUGCUGGCACCCAUGGCAGGCUGGCACCCAUGGCAUGCUGGCACCCCUGGCAUGCUGGCACCCUGGGCAAGCUGGCUCCCCGGGCAUGCUGGCACCCUGGGCAAGCUGGGACCCCUGGCAUGCUGGGACCCAUUGCAUGCUGGCAGCCGUGGCAUGCUGGCACCCUGGGCAAGCUGGGACCUCUGGCAUGCUGGCCCCCAUGGCAGGCUGGCACCCAUGGCAUGCUGUCACCCCUGUCAUGCUGGCACCCUGGGCAAGCUGGGUCCCCUGGCAUGCUUGGACCCCUGGCAUGCUGGCACCCUGGGCAAGCUGGGACCCCUGGCAUGCUGGCACCCCUGGCUUGCUGGCACCCUGGCUUGCUGGCACCCUGGGCAAGCUGGGCCCCCUUUCACCCUUGGCAUGCUGGCAACCCAGGCAUGCUGGCAUCACUGGCAUGCUGGCACCCUGGCAUGCUGGCACCCCUGGCAUGCUGGCUCCCCUGGCAUGCUGGCACCCUGGGCAAGCUGGGUCCCCUGGCAUGCUUGGACCCCUGGCAUGCUGGCACCCUGGGCAAGCUGGGACCCCUGGCAUGCUGGCACCCCCCUAGCAUGCUGGCACCCUGGGCAAACUGGGACCCCGGGCAAUCUGGCACCCCUGGCAUGCUGGCACCCAUGGCAUGCUGGCACCCCUGGCACCCUGGGCAUGCUGGCAACCCGGGCAUGCUGGUAUCACUGGCAUGCUGGCCCCCUGGCAUGCUGGCCCCGUGGGCAGGCUGGCACCCCUGGUAUGCUGGCUCCCCGGGCAUGCUCGCACCCUGGGCAAGCUGGGACCCCUGGCAUGCUGGCGCCCCUGGCAUGCUUGCACCCAUGUGGACACGUUUUUUUCUUUCUUUCUUUCUUUCUUUAUUUUUCAAUAUCAUUCCUUACACGUUUCAUUACUCAAUCUGUUCUUUCUUUCUUUCUUUCUUUCUUUCUUUCUUUCUUUCUUGCUAUCGAUCUAUGCCAAUCUAUAAUCUAUCUAUCUAUCUAUCUAUCUAUCUAUCUAUCUAUCUAUAUAUAUAUAUAUAUAUAAAAAGAAAAACCAAGCAAGCUAUCUAUCUAUCUAUCUAUCUAUCUAUCUAUCUAUCUAUCUAUCUAUCUAUCUAUCUAUCUAUCUAUCUAUCUAUCUAUCUAUCUAUCUCAGUCUGUUCAUAUCUAUCUAUCUAUAUAUAUAUGCAAUCUUCUGACACGGAUGAGGGACAAUUCAAGAGAAAUACAUCUUGCUUUAUUCUUCAUCACCACUUGAGCAUUGCGUAUAGUAGUAUGAAAUUGACAAUCGCGGGAAUUUAG